UUAGAUUCUCAAAUUUCGCUGGUCGCCUGAUUAACAUUAAAAUGACCUAACUAGUUUUGAAGCACUGAUAUUGUGUACGUAUGGGCGCUGCACCACGUGGUAGUGUCGAGGGAUGAUGUUUGUUGUCAUAAAGCUGAAGAAGGUGUUGAGUAGUGUUCUCGCGUGCAACCCACCUGAACACGCCGGCGGAUGGGACAGCUGUUUUUAGUGGAAACACUCUGUAGCGACCAGGAUUUGUGGAACUGUGGCCGGUUUGCGAUAAGGAUUUUACCAUACUUGUCAGUGCCUAUCUGGAAACCGUUGGCGUUUGUUUACAAACAACCCGUGUCACGUCAUCAAAUUAAAGCUACACUCUAAGGCUGAGCUGCAUCGGUUCUAGAUGUGUGUUACGUUCUACAUCGGAGCUUUAAACAAGGGUGACUGUUUUGGAUGGUGAACCAAAGUGCAAUUAUAAAGUGGUGUAAGACGGAUGUCUCUUAACCGUUCUUAGUGUCAAGUCCCGAGUUGACACUGCGGAGACGAUAUGGAUACAGUGUUUUCUAGGCCCUCGACAGACGGCAGUGAGAGUGUGUUAUGAUUUCUCAAGACUGGUGGCAAGUUUUGAUGGUCUAUCACUGCUUGGACGACUUGGGAGGUUUUCACGUCCCAUAUCAAUGCGGCUGAGUAUUUCUGGGAGUUCUACAACAAAUCGUCAUGUGGAUGUACUUAGAACACGUCAAACUCGGAAUUGCCAUCUUUGCAGCGUUUCUCGUGUGUUGCUGUUACGCAGGUGAGACAACGGAACAUCCAUUUGAUCGAUCACCCGACCUCGUCUUCAUCUCGGAGCCGCCCACCAACGUGGACUUCGCCAACACGAAGGGGACGAAGAUCCCUUGCACGGCCUAUGGACGUCCUGCUCCCGUACUGGAGUGGGUGCUCGGAGACGGGACCCCUGUCGAUGAUGUUGAUAGACUGCUGACGGUGCUACCAAACAAUACUCUAGUCUUCCAUGCCUUCGACGACUCCCGCCUGAUUGCCAGCGUCCAUGCCCAGAUCUACCGGUGUUUGGCGUCCAACGCCGCCGGAACCAUCACGAGUCGGAACGUCAGCGUCAACGCGGUUGUCAUCAACAAGUACCGAGAUUAUGGCGUCCAGCUGAACGAUAAAUGGGUGAUGCGGGGAGCCACAGCUGUUCUCCACUGCGAAAUCAACCCCUACUACCUCAAAAACUACGUCGACGUCAUCGGAUGGAGCAGGGGGACGCAGCGCGUGCAGCCAGGCGGCCGCGUGAGCAUCCUCCCAGACGGCAGGCUUCAUCUACGGGACGUCAGGGACACUGACGGCAUGUCGACGUACCAAUGCCACACACGCAAUAUCCUCACCGGCGAGGAGAAAAUGAGUUCCUUUGCAUAUUUGAAAGUCCACGAUCCUCCUGCUACCCAGAUUUCCCCGACUAUCGACGACAUCUUACCCGACCUCGCCAUCACAGAGGGGGACACUGUGGAACUACCCUGCGUCAGCAGCCAGGGAAACCCCUCCCCUACAUACAGGUGGUCACGUGAUGGGUUAGAUGUCGUCAUUAACGACGUGCGCAUCCAGCAACGUGGCGGCAAUUUGAAAAUUAUCAACAGUACCAUCAGCGACAGCGGUCUCUACUCCUGUUCGGCCUCCAACAGCCGAGGAGAAGCCAAGGAAAAUACAAAGCUUGUUGUUACAUCUUCACUCUCCGUGCACAUCGUGCCCCAGGAACAGACAGUGGACGCUGGCAAAACGGCAGAAUUCAACUGUUCGGUGUUUGGUCACCCUGUCGACACAAUAAGUUGGUACAAGAACGGCUACCUGCUCCUUUUGACACCAAGAAUUUCCGUCCAAUCAGAAACUUUGUUGAGAAUAGAGGACGUCAGGAGACAGGAUCAAGGGAUGUACCAAUGUUUUGUGUCCAAUGACAAAUCAAAGGCACAGGGUGUGGCACAGUUACAACUUGGAGCUGCCAAACCUGCCAUUCUGGACGCUCUACAAGAACAGUUCGUCCAGAGCGGAACGCGAGUCUCCCUCAGGUGCAAAGCCUCUGGGAACCCAAUCCCGGUGGUCACGUGGCUGCUAGAUGGCGCGGAGCUGCCGACAGGAGACCGAAUUGGUACCAACAGUUUCACGACAUAUGAGGGUGACGUCAUCAGUUUCGUAAACAUCACGAGUGUUAAAGUGGAAGACGGAGGGGAAUACACCUGUAAAGCCUUAAACGACGUCGGCAGAGCUUAUCACAUUGGGAAACUCAACGUAUACGGCACACCAUAUAUCAGACCGAUGAAGAAUGUCACAGCCACAGCGAACGAAAAGUUAUCAAUUCGAUGUUACGUUUCUGGGUAUCCAAUCAGCAAAAUAACAUGGUCAAAAGGCCACGACAUGCUCCCCAUCAACCAUUGGCAGAAAGUUGUGAACGGCACGCUCAUCAUUGAGAAAGUUCAGAAGCUCCACGAUGUAGGGAAAUACACCUGCACGGCCCAGAACAGGGAGGGACAGCGGGACACUCGUGAUGUGUUUGUCUCGGUUGUAGAACCUCCUCGUAUUGACCCCUUUGACUUUGCCAAGAGGAAACAGGGUGACCGAGUGAUCCUGUCCUGUGUGGUCAGCAGCGGGGACCUGCCUAUCUCCAUCCACUGGGAGAAGGAUGGGGCCGAAAUCCCACACGACCUCGGCGUGAAAAUACAGAAAGCUGGAUCCUACUCAAGUUUGUUAUCUAUUGGUGACGCCAGCCCCAUGCACGACGGCAACUACACCUGCUAUGCAAGCAAUGCAGCAGCGUCUACUAACUUCACUGCUCCCUUACAUGUUGAUGUGCCUCCUCGUUGGGUCGUGGAGCCCCAUGAUUCCUUUGUGGUCUUACAUCAGUCGGUGCAGCUGGACUGUCAGACAGCCGGGACCCCCGACCCCGAGGUCACGUGGAGGAAAGCUAUAGGUUCCUCCCCUGGGGACUACCAGACCCUGGAGUUUGACAAGGACAACAACCACCUGUCUCUACUGGCUAACGGCACACUGGUCAUCAGGCACGCUCAAGAAAAUGACCAUGGCUACUAUCUCUGCCAUUCCAGCAAUGGCAUCGGAUAUGGCCUUAGCAAAGUUGUCUUUCUCACUGUCCACAUCCCUGCAAGGUUUGAUGAACCAGCAAAGAACUACACCGUCCUGCGCGGCCGCAACAUCACCAUGGAAUGCCAGGGCAUCGGCGACAAGCCUCUGUCCAUCAGUUGGAGCACCCUUGGUUCCUCUUCCAGUGUCCUCAGCAACAGCAGAGCGAAGGUGAUCACCCACAACACACAGCGAGGUCGCUUGUCCCAGCUGAGUCUGCAGCCUGCCAUCAGAAAUGACUCUGGUAUCUACAUCUGCAAUGCCAAGAACAAGUUCGACCAUGACUCGCUCAUGAUCAGGCUCAUCGUCAAUGAGCCGCCAGAACCCCCACUGAACCCCGAUGUCUUGAACGUCACCAGUAGAACCAUCACCUUGACCUGGGUGAAGCCAUUUGAUGGGAAUAGUCCACUCACAGCCUACAUCAUUCAGUUCAAGAACCAGUCAGAUGUAUGGCAGGGAGUUCUUGCUAAUGUGAGCGUCCCUGCUGCCCAGCUACAUGUCACCUUGAGUGACCUUCACCCAGCCUUCACCUACGACAUCCGUGUCCUUGCCAACAACUCCAUCGGCUACAGUCGCCCCAGCGAGGUCCUUUCUACCACAACAGAGGAGGAAGCACCAACGGGCCCACCAGAAGAAGUUGUUGUCAAGGCCAUAGGUUCACAGGCUCUUAAGGUCACAUGGGAUUCUCCAUCUCUGGGGAUGAAGAACGGCAAGAUCCAGGGCUACUACAUCGGCUACAAGGAGACCAACAGCCCCACCCACUUCCUGUACAUCACCAAGAAGGUCAAGGUCGAGGAGUCUGAGUCGUCAGAGCAUACCAUACACAACCUGAAAAAGUUCACUGAGUACACGAUCCACAUCAAGGCAUACAACAGCAAGGGAAUCAGUCCCCAGUCUGCCGACAUCCAAGUCUUCACGCUGGAAGAUGUUCCAAGUCAGCCUCCCCAAGGGGUACAGGCAAGUGCUCUGGGGGCCCAGACCAUCAGGGUGGCAUGGUCCCCACCCCCUCUCUACACACUGCAUGGCAUCCUUCAGGGUUACAAGAUCCUCUACAAGCCCGUCAGGUUUGAUGAAGAUGAGAGUGACGCUAACUUUGUGACAUCUGCCAAGCUGGAGGCCAUCUUGACGAGGCUGGAGAAGUACACCAACUACAGCAUCCAGGUACUGGCCUACACCAGGAAGGGGGAGGGCGUCCGCAGCGAACCCAUCUACAUCAGGACUCUGGAGGACAAACCAGAGUCUCCAGCUAACAUAAAAGCCCUUGCUGUCAACAGUACCAGUAUUCUGGUGUCCUGGCAACCACCAGAACACCCAAAUGGUGUCAUUGUCAGAUAUACUCUCUACAUUCGUAAUGGAACCAUAGAAGGAGAGACUGAGGAGAGGGUCCACCUGCCAUCCACGACACUGCACUACAUGGUGUGGGGCCUGGAGCCUGGGAAGGAGUACGGUUUCCGGGUGUCGGCCAAGACGAUGAUGGGGGACGGGGAGAGGACAGGAUUAGCAGUAGCAGCUCCACAGAAGAAAGUGGCGGCACACAUCGCUAGCUUCCCGAAGUCACUGACUGUUCCCUGGCAUCAGACUGUAUCCCUCCCCUGCGAGGCCAUCGGGGAGCCAACACCUGGUGUCGAGUGGAGAGUCAGAGGUGUGAAGCUCCAGCAGACAGAUCGUAUCAAGGUUCUGGAUAACAGCUCUCUCAGUAUCAGCAUGGUGGCCGGCUCCGACGCUGCCAACUACACCUGCCACGCAGAGAACCAACACGGCACUGACGACAUCACCUACGUCCUCAAAGUUCAAGUUGGCGACCAUCAAGGAACACCUCCGCAACCACCCCGCCUGUACCUGGCGCUGACCACUACGUCCACCAUACAGGUCAACUGGCUGUCUGGCAGCAACGGUGGCAGUGCUAUACAGGGGUUUGUGUUGAAUUACAAGAAGGAACACGGAUCGUGGAAAACUAUACACCUUGGCUCGUCCAACCGGACAUACAUCUCCGCCAACCUCCUGUGUGGCACCGCCUAUAAGUUCACCCUCCAUGCCUUCAACAGACUGGGAGACAGUCUCGACAGUUCUGUCGUCUCAGCUAGAACCAAUGGAUCAGCUCCCAUUGGACCACCUCAAAGCAUGCUCCUGAAGGAGGUCAAUGUCACCUCAGUUGACCUUGACCUUGGCACUUGGUUGACCUCUGGCUGUCCCAUCAGGUUUUACUCUGUGAAGUAUUGUGUAUGGGGAGACGAACACUGGGUGCUGGUCUCCAACAGCAUCAAGCCCAACACUACGUUGUUCACAGUCCAGGAUCUCCAUCCCGCUACCUGGUACAUCAUGUCAGUGACGGCACACAGCGACGCUGGAUCCACCGAGAGUGAACUCCGCUUUGCAACUCUUACAUACACAGGCAGUACAAUUCUCCCUAUAUAUGUUACUCGCAAAGAAGAAAGUGAGUUCUAUGAGAAGAUCUACAUCAUGGUGCCGUUGUGUGGUGCCGUCAUUCUCCUCAUGGUAUUUGGGGUGGGCGUCUUCCUUUAUUGUCGCAGGAGGCGAGACCGACUGCGAUAUAAAGAAACAGCAUCUAAUUUACGCCGGGACAUCACAGCGGAGACCUCUCUCAUGAAUGACCUUGAUAAGCGUCUGAAUGUUGACCUUGAUAGUAGCAACAGCACAACACCGGAACAGUUCAGUAAGCGGAACGUGAACCUUCUGAUAUCACUGCACAGCGAUGACAAUUUGAAUGGCAACAGCCACUCGUGGCUCAUUCAUGACAGCAGCAAGACGAACAGUGACAAUGGCUCCUAUGGACGUUCAGAGGAUGAAGGAAACAUCAAUCCGUAUGCCACUUUCAAUGAGAUGAAGGCUGUGAUGGCACCACCCAGUAAGAAGCAGGACUUAUUGUACCAGAAGUCCUCAGAUGAAGAUGAAAUAGCAUUACAGAAAGCAGCUGCACAGAGAGAGGGUCUGUCUUCAACGCCAUCCGAGCCAUAUGUUCCGUUUUUCCACACGAAAGCCGAGUAUGCUUGCAAACAGGAACCUCCGCCUCUGCCAGCCACUCGGCCUCCUAAAAGUAAAGAAGGUUAUGACAAUCAGGGUAUUAUUUUAAGUCCCCGAAAGUAUGCCAGUGCAGAUCAGAUCCAUGCACUGUUCACGCAGGGCCCGCCACGACCCCACAGUGCUUACAAGUCGGGGUCAGGGUCAAGUGACAAAGGUAGUCAACGGCACAGCGUCAUCUCCAGCGUGACAACCGUGUCAUCCAGUAGGGACGAGUUACUAGAGGCACUGGAGAACGCCAGGAGAAACCCACCCCCUCCCAUCCUUUACGAGACCCCACCUGAUGACUCAUCACAGCCCACAGACAGCUCUGUUGCCACUGAGCCGGGCAUCCGCAUGUUCACACAGUCGCCUCCGAAACCUAAUGAACAGAGAGAGGCAUCCUGUGAAGUACCUGCAUAUGAACAGAAACGGCGGCGACAACAUCGGAUGGAGAUGGAGAGUGACACAACGGAGUGUGAGGGAGGAGAGUCCCACGAGCAUCGGAGUCCUCCACGGAGGAUGAGGGGGCGUAACCGGGGGAAACAGAGGGGGCAGAUAGUCAGCAAGCGACAGAUGGGCACAUCGUUUGUUCCCAGAACGCAGAGUCGGACAAGUACGACUAGCACCAACAGUGAGGAGGUGACGUAUUCCUUUGCUGGCCGCGACUCCCCCCACUCCGACAGCCCCCCGGAGGCCUACGGUCACUACCCUGCAGAGGGCUAUGCCACUAAGGGCACCAAGAGGAGAGGUUGUGCUUCAGGGGGUCGAGGCACACCUCACUCCAAAGUGAAGUAUGAUGUGAGCUUGCAGACCCCGGGGACGGAUGAGAACAAGCCGCUGGUGAUGUCCCUCGCCCAGCCCAGUCUCAGCAGCCCCCAAGAGGAAGAGGAGGAGGAGAGGGUCAGCUUACUUGACAGACACUACCGUCCCGUGCCCGAGUCUGAAUCCGAUGGCCAGAUACGGCACAAAGACAGCAAGGGUGACAAAGGCUACACAGAAGACUUCACAAUAGUGUGAUCUGUGUCACAGGACCUGAUGUCAGUACAACACAUAACAAUAGUGUAAUCUGUGCAACAUGAUGUCAAACACUUCAUGUCUUGUGUACAACAGGACUCGAUGUCAAUACAACAGUGCAAUUCAUGGGAUACAGACAAUAUGUGACAGACACCGUUCCGAGAACUUCAUUUUGCCAAAAUUCUGGAGUGAAAUCCAAUUGACUAACAUCCCAUUUAUGUUGGAGAAGAUAUUAUGUGCUGUUUGCUUCUCAUUAUCCAAAUGCCAGCUGCUGACGAGGUCAGUGGAUCAGUUGCCAUGGAUACAGAAAUGACUAGUUACCAUGGGAACAGUAUGGUGUGAAACGGCUGGCCAUUACAAAACUAUGUCUGAUAGCAGCACACCAUGUGUGGUAUUUUUUCACCCAAUAAAUCAUACUAAGUGGGCCACAAAUUUUGUGGCCAUGGCUAUGAAAAUAUUUCAGCAAUGCCAUAAAUGAAACCGAUUGUAGUAUCAUCAAAUAACCACCAGAAAAGCUUGUUCAUUUCUACCAAGUUGAUACAACCAGUGCAUGUCACAUUCGAUAUUCUCAGAUCAGUUGACCUGAUCUACUUGGUGCACUUAUCAUGGACCCAAGGUAUCUUCCUGAAGGAACCUUAUUCACAAAGAAAAUGUUCACAAUGCCUAAAAGGACUUGAGUGCGAGUAGAUGUGCCCCGUGUGGUGCUGGCUGUUGUGUGUUGUGGGCAGGUUGUGUGCACUGCUGUAGGUGUUUGUGACUGUUCGGGAGGGACUACAGACUCGAUCCACGCUUCAGUUGUGAGUGUUGUGUGUGGUGUACUGCAGCGGGGGACGGGCACAUCGUGGCAAACAGUGAAGGAACAAGGUCAAUAGUCCAGUAUGUUGUCUUGAGUGCAGUCCUGCUCUCUUACAAAUCAUCUGCAAUAUUUGCAUAAUGUGUGAAGAAAUAUAUUCCCUAUGUCUAGUCCAUGCCAGAGUCCAACUGUACUGCGUGGAUGUGUUCUCACUAGGAAACAGUAGACAGUUCUUUUGGGGAAACAGUUUUAUAAAGAACAAAUAUAUGUAGGUGAAAACACGUGUUUCAGCUGCACAGAGUAGCUGUACAGGUUACAGUCAGUACAAAUCUGUAUUACAUUGAACAGCUGUACAGGUUGAUGACAGACUGUAAUCAUAAAAAGUUUAAGACUUUGUGGUGAAAUGUGUAUGUUUAAGUGAUGAUUUGUACAAAGUACUAAAGAAACACUGGAAACUUGUGACAAACUGUUCAAAACAUGACCAUUUCCUAGAUGAGUCUGUACAACAUAGAUGACAACUCCAUCUAUCUGGGUACGCAAUAUAUUCUGAUCUCUGCUGUGAGGUUUUACUCACACUUUAUGCUUCAAUGUGUGUAUUCAUUAUACAAAGCGAGUGUCCUUUGAGCAGAUGUUUUCAAUAUGCAGCUAUACAAAACAUGGGGACAACUGAACUCUACUUUAGGACUCUGUUUACAGACACAAAACGAGUGGAAUUUUUCUAAAUGAUGGGAGUCUUGAUGAACCAUAUGUCCAUGUACAUGGUUUUGAAUAUGGGAGUUUGGACAUUUUCAGUUCAUUAACGUGGAGUGUAUGAGCGUAGCAGAGUCAGCUCGGAAACUAUGUCUCAUGGUCAAGUGACAAGUUAGCUGAUAUAAGGUUGCAAUAGGACAUCCACACAUCCAUAUGGCUCUGUUAACAGUAGCUGGAGACCUAACAUGGAAUGUCUUUAGCAUACAAGUUAAGAUGAUUCGAAUAGUAAUUUUGAGUUAGUGAAGGCUUUUAGUACCUGUCUUCUUGUUCGGCAUCCUACGAUACCACUUAAAACUCAGAAGGAAAUAAUAUACGUAAGUCCCAUAAACUUGGAAUCACAAUCCGUUGUGUAUGCCAAACGUCAUCUGCCAGGAACUACCUUUCAAACAUCAGUGCAAUAUCCGCUGGGUCUAAAUAUAAUUGUUUGGAUGUUCUAACAAUACCUGGAGAGUGGUGAUGUUUUCAGAUGGUGGAGAUAGGUGUGGGUGAUACUGUUGACAGACAAGGCUGCAAAUCAUCUCAACUGUGUGAUAACUCUAUUUUUCACUAGGAGUAAUUACAACUUAACCAUUGAUUAUAGUAAGAAUGACAUGAUAUGAAGAAGAGAUUGUUUCCCUGGUCAGUUUAGACCACAUAGAAUAUACAUGCAUUAUACAAGCAAAAGGCUUGCCUAGUUGUAAUUACAUUUCAUGUAUGUAGUUAUGACAGGAGAAGUCCAUGAAUUCGAUUUUAAUACUUAUGACUAAACAUGUGAUUUACUUAUUGUGUGCUAUCUAUGUAACACAGAAAGUCACAUCAGUGGACUAGAUUAAGAAAAAUCAGAAAGUUUGUUGGUCUGAACUUUUAUAUGAGAUUUGGGGGUAUCUGAUAUUCUAUUUGGAUACCAAAAUGGUUGGAUAACACCUUUGUCCCUUUUGACAAACACAUAAUGCUAUAGAUAUUUAUCGCUGACUGAUCAUGAACUGUGAGAUAUAUUGUUCCCUGUUGUAUAUUUGUCAAUCAGAAGCUGAGAUUCUUGUAAGGUUAAACAGAGUCCUAAAGUACUGUCAAAGAAAUACACAUUCGUCAUGAAGAUGCCAGCUAGUAUUUCUAUGUCAAAAUUACACUAUUUUAUUUGGAGAAACCUACAGCAUGAUUGGUGGGUACUGUGUAUUUAUUGAAAUAACUACGGAUUUUCCAAGUCCGCAAACUGGCUGCCUUAAAGUUGUAUAUUUUGUUGGAUCUCUGUCACAACAUUUCCGAUUGGUCAGUUCAAUUUGCAAUGCAACAUAUUAACCAAUCACAAAGCUCGAUGGCUCUAGUAGGCAGCCUCUACUUGUUGGUUACAUUGUGAUGUAUUAUUAGUGAUGAUAUGUUGCUGGUCAGUAUGUAUAUAGACAUGACACAUGUUCAACGCCUCACUCAGAUGCCGUGGGAAACAUGUACAAGUAUGUAUUCUUACAAAACUUUCUUUCCCUUUGGAGUUCCUAUACUGAUGGAAAAA